AUGCGUGGACUGUCAGUCUUUAUAUCUGACAUCCGAAAUUGUAAAAGCAAAGAAGCAGAAAUAAAACGCAUCAACAAAGAACUGGCUAAUAUCCGCUCAAAGUUCAAAGGUGACAAGACCUUGGAUGGUUACCAAAAGAAGAAAUAUGUCUGCAAACUGCUCUUCAUCUUCUUGCUGGGACAUGACAUUGAUUUUGGACACAUGGAAGCAGUCAAUCUGCUCAGCUCAAACAAAUAUACAGAAAAACAGAUUGGUUAUCUAUUUAUCACUGUUUUAAUUAGUGCAAGCAGUGACCUCAUGAAAUUGGUUAUCCAAUCAAUCAAAAAUGACUUGAACAGCCGCAACCCUGUGCAUGUCAACUUGGCCCUGCAAUGUGUGGCCAAUAUUGGAAGCCGUGAAAUGGCAGAAAACCUUGGCACUGAAAUCCCACGUCUUCUUGUAUCAGGAGAUACCAUUGACUCUGUCAAACAGAGUGCUGCUCUUACUCUACUGCGACUUCUUCGAACCUCUCCAGACUUGAUCCAAAUGGGAGAAUGGACCUCUCGUGUCAUACACCUUUUAAAUGAUCAACAUAUGGGUGUUGUGACUUCUGCAGCUAGUCUUAUUGAAGCUCUGGUGAAAAAGAACCCUGAAGAAUACAAAGGCUGUGUCUCACUCGCUGUUUCCAGACUAAGCAGAAUCGUUACUUCAUCGUACACUGAUCUACAGGACUAUACAUAUUAUUUUGUUCCUGCACCUUGGUUAUCAGUGAAGUUGCUAAGACUGCUACAGAAUUACCCUCCCCCAGAGGAUCCAGCAGUGCGUACUCGUCUCACAGAAUGCCUGGAGACCAUACUGAACAAAGCUCAAGAAGCCCCCAAAUCUAAAAAAGCGCAGCAUUCCAAUGCAAAAAAUGCAGUAUUGUUUGAGGCUAUCAACCUCAUUAUUCAUAUGGACAGUGAUCCAAAUCUUCUAGUCAGAGCUUGCAACCAACUUGGACAAUUCCUGCAGCAUAGAGAAACUAACCUCAGAUAUCUAGCAUUGGAGAGUAUGUGUUUGUUAGCAACUUCAGAGUUUUCACAUGAGGCUGUCAAAAAACAUCAGGAAACAGUUAUUACUUCUCUGAAGACUGAGCGUGAUGUCAGUGUUCGCCAACGGGCAGUAGAUUUACUUUAUGCCAUGUGUGAUCGAACCAAUGCUGAGGAAAUUGUAGCCGAGAUGUUGGAAUAUCUGGAAUCUGCUGAUUAUUCUAUUCGGGAGGAAAUGGUCCUGAAAGUCGCUAUACUUGCGGAGAAGUAUGCAGUAGACUACACUUGGUAUGUUGAUGUCAUCCUUAAUUUGAUUAGAAUUGCUGGAGAUUACGUCAGUGAAGAGGUAUGGUAUCGUGUCAUUCAGAUUGUUAUCAACAGAGAUGAUGUACAAGGAUAUGCAGCAAAGACUGUUUUUGAGGCUCUGCAGGCUCCAGCUUGUCAUGAAAAUAUGGUCAAGGUUGGUGGAUACAUUCUUGGAGAAUUUGGAAAUCUUAUUGCCGGAGAUCCUCGAUCCAGUCCUAUUGUACAGUUUGAAUUGCUCCAUUCCAAAUAUCAUCUGUGUGGGGCUGCAACAAGAGGCCUGCUAUUAUCAACUUAUAUUAAAUUUGUUAACCUCUUUCCUGAAAUUAAGUCAUCCAUACAGGAGGUUUUGAAGAGUGGAAAUAAUUUGAAAAAUCCAGAUGUAGAAAUCCAGCAACGAUCAAUGGAAUAUUUACAACUUAGUACUGUGGCCACAGCUGAUGUUCUUGCAACUGUUUUGGAGGAAAUGCCACCAUUCCCUGAACGGGAAUCUUCUAUUUUGGCUAAGUUGAAGAAGAAGAAACCUUCAAGUGUUCCUGAAACAGCUGAGACGAAGGAACAUAAGCAUAUACCACAAGCACAGAUCAGCAACAGUGUGGAACAUGCAAGCUCACCUCCUUCGUCACAGCAUUCUACUCCAAGUAACACUGGUGCCUCUGUCGACCUUUUGGGUCUGGGGACGACUUUAGGAAGUAAACCAACAACAGCCAGUGGCUUGCUUGUUGAUGUAUUUGCUGAUAAUUUUCCUCCUGCCUCUUCCAAUGGCUUAGAGUCUUCUGGACUCACUAUGGGAGCAGAUGAAAGUUAUAAAAAGUUUGUGUGCAAAAACAAUGGAGUGCUUUUCGAGAAUGACAUUUUGCAAAUUGGUGUUAAAUCUGAAUACCGACAAAACCUGUGUCGAUUAGGAAUGUUCUAUGGCAACAAAACGUCAUUCCAUUUCACAGCCUUCUCUGUGGAAGUAGAAUGUCCCGCACCACUUGACAAUCAGUUGAAUAUUCAGCCGAAACCAGUUGGUACCGUGAUUGAAGGUGGAGCUCAGGUACAACAGAUCUUCAACAUAGAAGCUGUUCAAGAGUUUUCAGAUUCACCAAUCAUUCAUAUAAAAUUCCUGUACAGUGGUGCCCAGCAAAAAAUUAGUCUGAAGCUCCCUGUGACAGUGAACAAGUUUAUAGAAUCUGUAGAAAUGGACUCUAGUACCUUCUUUGCAAGGUGGAAAGCUCUUUGUGGUCCACAACAAGAGUCUCAGAAAAUAUUCAGAGCACAACAUCCAAUGGAUGCAGAACAAACAAAGGCUAAGAAAUCAACAGAUUGGUUGUUUAGUACGGUUAGAACCAAAUCUGCAGGCUCAAAUGUAUCGUUUGACAGUAAGAGCGACUGGUUUGUUUGGUUAUUCGCUCUCUCUCUUUCUCUUUUUGUUCUCUUUUACUCUCUUUGCUCCUCCCCCUGCUUUACCCUCUUUGCUCCUCCUCUACCCUCUUUGCUCCUCCUUUACACUCUUUCUUUUUUUUCUUUUUUUCAUGCUACAUUGGAUUUACAAGUUUUUAUUGUGGAUGGUGGUGGUAUGGUAUUGUCUCAUCUUUUACUUUUUUUAAAAAUUUUUCUUCUCUUCUUUUUUCUCUUUCUUUCUUUUUUCUCUUUCUUUCUUUUUUCUCUUUCUUUCUUUCUUUUUUCUCUUUCUUUCUUUCUUUUUUUUUUCUCUUUCUUUCUUUCUUUCUUUUUCUCUUUCUUUCUUUCUUUCUUUUUUUCUUUCUUUCUUUCUUUCUUUUUCUCUUUCUUUCUUUCUUUUUUUUUCUUUCUUUCCUUCUUUUCUACUCUUCUCUUUAUUCUUUUUUACUAUUCUCUUUAUUCUUUUUUCUCCUUUUUUCCCUUUCUUUCUCUCCUUUUUUUUUUUUUUUUUUUUUUUUUUUUUUUUUAA